CACGCAUAUAAAGCCUUGCAACAGCCUUUCCUGGGGCAUUUUAGGUGUCACUCUUAAUUCUGUGGUUGUAUUUGAAACCGCAAACUUGCGAUGUCUCAUGCAUGGGGAUAUGGACCAUAUAAUGGGCCUGAGACUUGGGAAAAAGGGUUUCCUGUUGCUAAUGGACCCAGGCAGUCUCCGAUCAACAUCAUUCCAAACCAGGCCCUGUACGAACGUUCUCUGAAGCCACUUAAACUAAAGUACGACCCGUCCAAUUCAAGCAGCAUCCUCAACAAUGGACACUCCUUCCAGGUUGACUAUGUAGAUGAUGAAAAUACUUCUACGUUGACUGCCGGUCCAAUUUCUGGAAUCUAUCGUCUUAAGCAAUUUCAUUUUCACUGGGGUGCCAGUGAUGACAGAGGUUCCGAGCACACAGUCAAAGGAUUCAUGUUCCCUUGUGAGCUCCAUCUGGUGCAUUGGAACACCAAGUAUCCCAGCUUCGGUGAGGCUGCCAGCCAGCCUGAUGGCCUGGCUGUUGUGGGGGUCUUUCUCAAGAUUGGUUCAGCGAAUCCUAGACUGCAAAAAGUUCUGGAUGCAUUGAUUGCAAUCAAAUCCAAGGGCAAGCAGUACAUCUUUGAAAACUUUGAUCCAAAAACCCUUCUUCCUGUUUCUCUGGACUACUGGACUUAUGAUGGCUCCCUGACUACUCCUCCUCUGCUAGAGAGUGUCACUUGGAUUGUUCUGAAAGAGCCCAUCUGUGUCAGCCCUGCACAGAUGGCUCAGUUUCGCUGUCUACACUUCAAUGCUGAGGGAGAGGCUCCAUGUUGCAUGGUGGACAACUACCGGCCACCACAGCCUCUGAAGGGGCGCGUGGUUCGCUCAUCUUUCAAGUAAAGAGCCUCUUCUCUGGCCUGCCUUGUGCCUGCCUACAUACAACUUCUUCUGGAUCCAACCCUCCUCACUAUGUUGAAUUAUUAUAUUUUAUUUUCAUUAUUUAUUUUGGGCAUUACUCAUAUUUUGUGAUCUGCAUUGUCUGAGGAAAAUCGUGAAAAAAAGGUUGAAUUAGAUACAAAUUAAAUCUUCCCAUAAGGACAUUGUAAUGUUUUUUAACUUCGGUAACAUGAUGAUGAUUGCUAAAUGUGAUCUUCUUUAAAUUAAGGUAAGAAAUUUAGAUAUUCAAAAUCAUAUUAUCAAAAUAAAUUAACAAGUAAAUUCCUGCAAUCAUGAACAACUGGAAUAUAUUUUGCUUAUAUUUUUGCUAUUUUCAAAAUCAAUUUGAUAUGUAUGGCUAUGUAUUUGCAUGGUAUAAUCAGCAUAGUAUACCUAGAACAGUACAGUGUAUGUGGUAUAGAAUAGCAUAGUAAAGUCGUCAUACUGAUGCCCAUAUGCUCAUGCAUGUUUGUCUUAGUCCUUUAUGCAGCAGUGCGAAAAUAAAUUGCUUGUGAACAGAUUCUUAGUGUGUUAACUUCGCUAAUAAAGAAAUAAUAAAUCAAUGACCUAAUGGAGUGAAUCUGUAC